CUCCAACACACCGCCUUUCCAUAAAACCCACAAUUGGGCCGUCGUCAGUCACCUAUUGGUCGGCAACGAAUUGCCUCUGUAGGUUCUUUCAUCAAAAUUCUUAGGUAGUCUAUAAAUACAAUCUACCAGUUAUUGCAGAGCAAAUCGAAUUCCAUGAAUAGCAAUCGAUUCAUAAGGAAUUGUUAGGAAAUCAUUCCUUUCUUAUCGUGGAAAGCGCAGAAACGAUAAGCAGAAUGCGUCCAGGUGACAGAGGCGACGGUCGCCGUAACGGCAACAGGGGCCUCCUUGGGGGAGGGUUUGCAGGGUUUCCAGAGAUUGGAGACCCUUUUGAGGGAUUUGGCAUCUUUGGCGGAGGAGGCGCAGGAGGUGCAGGAGGGCGUAGUCUCAUUGAGGAUUUCUUUGGCCGGGAUCCCUUUGAUGAUCCCUUUUUCCGGCGACCAUUCGGCGGUCUGUUCGGCCCUCCGGGCAACUUGUUCAAUUCUGGCAGUUUGCUGGGAGGCAGCAGGGGAAUGGGAAUUGGCAUGGGCAUGGGCAUGGGUAUGGGCAUGCUGGGCGAUGCUAUACAACGACCACGAGCUGAUUUUCUUGUUGAUCAGAGGCCAUUCAAUCCGCCACAGCAGGGAGCCCGCAGAGGACCUGUGAUUGAGGAGCUGCCUGAUGACCACGAAGCUCCAGUGUCUGAGUCUCGACCACAGUACACAGAACCAAUUAUUGAACAUCCAGAUGAUGAGGCUGAACCAGUCAGACUUGUACACACAGGGGAUGAGGAUGAUGAACCAACAACCAUCACAACUCAACACCAGCCAUCUCAAAGUCGGCCCGGCUAUACAUCACAAUCAUUUUGCUAUCAAAGCUCCUCGGUCUCAGGGCCUGGAGGUGCAUAUUAUACUUCUUCAUCAGCAAGGAGAACUGGUCCAAAUGGGGUUGUGGAAGAGGGACAAUAUGAAGAGGAUACCGUAGCUGGCAUCGAGAGUAGGAGAGUUGCUCGGGCUCUUGGUGAAAAGAUGCAUGCAGUUUCUAGAAAGCGAAAUUCAGAUGGUAGAGAGAAUACUCUUGAGACUUUACACAACUUGACUGAAGAGGAAGCAGUCAAAUUUGAUGAAACUUGGAAAAGGCAUGGAGGGAGUUCUUUUCCUGGUCCAACAAAUAGAUUAAGAAUGCUGGAAGGCAACCGUGAGGGAUCAUCUGGACGAUCUCAAGCUCGCCUAUCCUCUAAUGAAGGGUUUAGUGAUGAAACACAAGAAGCUAGAAAGCAGCUACGGAGAUGAAGCUAAUGGCCACUUUGAUUUUUAUAGUAUUACAUAGCAGAUUGAGAUGAUUACGCAGAUUGAUCUCUGAUUCUAAGUAUUAGCUGGUUCAUAUGAUGGAACCUAUGUACUUCAAUGUAUCUUUCUUGGCUCUCUAUUAUAACAUUUAUUGAUAUAUCUGGUUUCUGGUUAUGGUUAAAUCAUAUUCAUACUGCUGCUUUGGAGUA